AUGAAAGUGAGUGAGCCGUUAAGUAAAAAAAUUCAAAAUCUCGAAGUCUGGCUCCUUUCGAUGAUGACUCAAAACGUGUCCUACCUCGGCGUAUCUAAGAAGCCUGCAUACAAAACAGUGUCGUUUAGUAUUAAGUUAAACGCACCGUUUUACAGGAGGAAGAAAGUUUCUCGGCUCCGUUUAUUUGAGAUUGGCCCAUCUUUAUUGUGA